AUGAGUAUACUAGGAGGACUUUUUGAUGUUUUGAGACUUGGCGAACGAGAUGCUUCUAAUGUUGGAAAAAAAACAUUUCUACCAAAUUCCUUUAUUGGAGGACCUAGAGAUAUGCGCCAACGUUAUAUGGAUGUUAUUGCAUUAGUUCAACAGUUUGGAAAGCCUGAUCUAUUCAUAACUAUAACAUGUAACCCAUCUUGGCCAGAAAUAAAAGAACAUUUAUCAUCAAGCGAUGAGGUACAAAAUAGACCUGAUUUGAUUAGCCGAGUAUUCAGAGCUAAAGUAGAAGAACUGAAAACGGAUAUAUUAAAGGGAAAUAUCUUUGGAAAAGUUGUUGCUUAUAUGUAUACUGUUGAGUUCCAGAAACGGGGAUUACCCCAUGCUCAUAUUCUAAUUAUAUUGAGUAAUGAGCACAAGCUAUUGAUAGCAGAAGCAUAUGAUGAUAUAAUUAGAGCAGAAUUACCAGAUGAAUGUACAGAAUCAGCUUUGCGUCAUGACAAGAUUGCAUUCUGUGUACAAAAUAACGAUGCAGCCAUAGAGAUAGACGAAGUAAAAGAAUAUCGAUCUGCUAGAUGGGUUUCUCCUCCCGAGGCUGUAUGGCGUCUUCUUACUUUUGCUAUAAGUGAAAUGUCUCCCAGCGUUUAUCGCUUUCAAUUACAUCUUCAGGACCAACAAUUUGUUUCUUUUAGGAGCAAUACAGAUAUAAAUACAAUUCUGAAUAAUCCUAUGAUCAGAAAAACAAUGUUAACAGAAUUUUUCUAUAUGAACAAAACUGACAAAUAUGCUAUUGAACUCAAUUUAUUGUACAAACAAUUCCUUGAGUAUUUUGUGUGGUCAUCCAGUCACAAAGUUUGGACACGUAGACAAAAACAUUGUGCUGUUGGGCGAAUUGUCACAUGUCAUCCUACUGAAGGAGAGCGAUAA